GCGCCGCGCCCGGCCUGCCGCGCUCGGUGCGGGUCCGCGGGGCGCGAGGAGCGGCCAGACCGCGGCCUGGAACAAAGGGAGCGGCCGGGCGGGCGCGGCGAGCAUGGCGGACCGCGGGCUGGAGGGCAUGGCCCUGCCCCUGGAGGUGCGGGCGCGGCUGGCCGAGCUGGAGCUGGAGCUGUCGGAAGGUGACAUCACCCAGAAAGGAUACGAAAAGAAGAGGUCGAAGCUGAUCGGAGCCUACCUGCCCCAGCCUCCGACAGCGAACGGAGCUGCCGUGGUCCGGUGUAGACUGCAGCACAGUGAAGGAGCCCCAGGACGAGCGCUGCACUCCGGCAACAUCGGGGUGUGCGACAUCCGAGACGCCGCGGUCAGAGAGCGGGCGGCCAGCACCGCGGGGAACCGGCCGCUGUUUUACUUUCGCUUCGGGGUGGACCAAGCUUUGCCUCCCGAGCGCCGGGCUCCCGUCACUCCUGCUUCUUCCACUCGCUAUCACCGCCGAAGGUCCUCAGGGUCACGAGAUGAGCGCUAUCGGUCAGACGUCCACACAGAGGCUGUGCAGGCAGCGCUGGCUAAACAUAAAGAAAGGAAGAUGGCGGUGCCUAUGCCUUCCAAACGCAGGUCCUUGGUUGUGCAGACCUCGAUGGAUGCCUACACACCUCCAGAUACCUCUUCUGGCUCGGAAGAUGAAGGCUCGGUGCAGGGUGACUCCCAGGGCACCCCCACAUCCAGCCAGGGCAGCAUCAACAUGGAGCACUGGAUCAGCCAGGCCAUCCACGGCUCCACCACCUCCACAACCUCUUCCUCGUCCACCCAAAGUGGGGGGAGCGGCGCCGCCCACAGGCUGGCCGACGUCAUGGCCCAGACGCACAUAGAGAAUCACUCCGCACCUCCUGACGUGACCACCUACACCUCAGAGCACCCGAUCCAGGUGGAGCGGCCACAGGGCUCCACGACCUCGCGCACAGCGCCCAAGUAUGGCAACGCGGAGCUCAUGGAGACCGGCGACGGGGUGCCAGUGAGUAGCCGCGUGUCAGCAAAAAUUCAGCAGCUCGUCAACACCCUCAAGCGACCGAAGCGGCCGCCGUUGAGGGAGUUCUUUGUGGAUGACUUUGAAGAACUGCUGGAAGUGCAACAACCAGAUCCGAACCAGCCGAAGCCAGAGGGGGCGCAGAUGUUGGCCAUGCGUGGGGAGCAGCUGGGCGUGGUUACCAACUGGCCGCCGUCGUUGGAGGCCGCGUUGCAGCGGUGGGGGACCAUCUCCCCAAAGGCCCCGUGCUUGACCACGAUGGACACCAACGGGAAGCCCCUGUACAUCCUCACCUACGGCAAACUGUGGACAAGAAGUAUGAAGGUUGCUUACAACAUUCUGCAUAAAUUAGGUACAAAGCAAGAGCCUAUGGUACGACCUGGAGACCGGGUGGCGCUGGUGUUCCCCAACAACGACCCUGCUGCCUCCAUGGUGGCGUUCUACGGCUGCCUGCUGGCCGAGGUGGUCCCCGUGCCCAUUGAAGUGCCACUCACGAGAAAGGACGCGGGAAGCCAGCAGAUCGGGUUCUUGCUCGGCAGCUGUGGAGUCACCGUGGCCUUGACGAGCGACGCUUGCCACAAAGGGCUGCCGAAAAGCCCGACCGGGGAGAUCCCGCAGUUCAAAGGGUGGCCGAAGCUGCUGUGGUUUGUCACCGAGUCGAAGCACCUGUCUAAGCCGCCGCGGGAUUGGUUCCCGCACAUCAAGGAUGCCAAUAACGACACGGCGUACAUAGAGUACAAGACGUGCAAGGACGGAAGCGUGCUCGGCGUCACCGUGACCAGGAUCGCGCUGCUGACCCACUGCCAGGCCCUCACGCAGGCGUGCGGCUACACGGAAGCGGAAACCAUCGUGAAUGUGCUGGACUUCAAGAAGGACGUGGGGCUGUGGCACGGGAUCCUGACGAGCGUCAUGAACAUGAUGCACGUGAUCAGCAUCCCAUACUCCCUCAUGAAGGUGAACCCGCUGUCCUGGAUUCAGAAAGUCUGCCAGUACAAAGCAAAGGUGGCUUGCGUGAAGUCCAGGGACAUGCACUGGGCCCUCGUCGCCCACAGAGAUCAGAGAGACAUCAACCUCUCCUCCCUCCGGAUGCUGAUCGUGGCCGAUGGUGCAAAUCCCUGGUCCAUCUCGUCUUGUGACGCGUUCCUCAAUGUCUUCCAAAGUAAAGGCCUGCGCCAGGAGGUCAUCUGCCCGUGUGCCAGCUCCCCAGAGGCUCUCACCGUGGCCAUCCGGAGGCCCACCGACGACAGCAACCAGCCCCCGGGCCGCGGCGUCCUGUCCAUGCACGGGCUGACCUACGGCGUCAUCCGGGUGGACUCGGAGGAGAAGCUGUCCGUCCUCACGGUGCAGGACGUCGGCCUCGUGAUGCCUGGCGCCAUCAUGUGUUCGGUGAAGCCGGACGGCAUCCCUCAGCUCUGCAGAACCGACGAAAUCGGGGAGCUGUGUGUGUGCGCCAUCGCGACGGGCACGUCCUAUUACGGGCUGUCGGGCAUGACCAAGAACACGUUCGAGGUGUUUCCCGUGACCAGCUCGGGCGCCCCCGUCAGCGAGUACCCCUUCGUGAGGACAGGCCUGCUGGGCUUCGUCGGCCCCGGGGGGCUCGUCUUUGUGGUGGGGAAGAUGGAUGGGCUCAUGGUGGUCAGCGGGCGCAGACACAACGCUGAUGACAUCGUCGCCACAGCACUGGCUGUGGAGCCCAUGAAAUUCGUCUACAGGGGCAGGAUAGCCGUGUUCUCGGUGACCGUCCUGCACGACGAGAGGAUAGUGAUUGUGGCCGAGCAGCGGCCGGACUCCACGGAGGAGGACAGCUUCCAGUGGAUGAGCAGGGUGCUUCAGGCGAUUGACAGCAUACAUCAAGUCGGGGUUUACUGCCUGGCUUUGGUCCCGGCGAACACCCUCCCCAAAACUCCACUUGGUGGGAUCCACUUGUCGGAAACAAAGCAGCUCUUCCUGGAGGGCUCCUUGCAUCCCUGCAACGUCCUAAUGUGUCCCCAUACCUGUGUCACAAACCUGCCUAAACCUCGACAGAAGCAACCAGAGAUCGGCCCUGCCUCCGUGAUGGUGGGGAACCUGGUGUCCGGGAAGAGGAUCGCACAGGCGAGUGGCCGAGACCUGGGCCAGAUAGAAGACAACGACCAGGCCCGCAAGUUCCUGUUCCUGUCGGAGGUCCUGCAGUGGAGGGCACAGACCACCCCCGACCACGUCCUCUACACGCUGCUUAACUGCCGGGGAACGAUAGCAAGCUCGCUGACGUGCGUGCAGCUGCAUAAACGUGCUGAAAAGAUUGCCGUGAUGCUCAUGGAGAGAGGACACCUGCAAGACGGGGACCACGUGGCUCUCGUCUACCCACCAGGAAUAGACCUCAUCGCGGCGUUCUACGGCUGCCUGUACGCCGGUUGUGUGCCCAUAACCGUCCGCCCCCCGCACCCGCAGAACAUCGCGACCACGCUGCCCACCGUGAAGAUGAUCGUGGAGGUGAGUCGCUCUGCCUGCUUGAUGACAACGCAGCUGAUCUGCAAGUUGUUACGGUCCAGGGAGGCAGCCGCGGCGGUAGACGUCAGGGCCUGGCCCCCCAUACUGGACACAGAUGAUUUGCCAAAGAAGCGGCCUGCCCAGAUCUACAAACCUUCCAACCCAGACACGCUAGCUUAUCUUGACUUCAGUGUGUCCACAACUGGGAUGCUCGCUGGAGUGAAGAUGUCUCACGCAGCCACCAGUGCCUUCUGCCGCUCCAUUAAGCUGCAGUGUGAGCUGUACCCCUCCAGAGAGGUGGCCAUCUGCUUGGACCCCUACUGUGGACUGGGCUUUGUCCUGUGGUGCCUCUGCAGCGUGUACUCCGGCCACCAGUCCAUCCUCAUUCCGCCUUCCGAGCUGGAAACCAACCCUGCCUUGUGGCUUCUUGCCGUGAGCCAGUACAAAGUCCGGGACACGUUCUGCUCCUACUCAGUGAUGGAGCUGUGUACCAAGGGGCUGGGCUCGCAGACGGAAUCCCUCAAGGCCCGGGGACUGGACCUGUCCCGCGUGCGCACGUGUGUGGUGGUGGCGGAAGAGCGGCCUCGGAUAGCGCUCACCCAGUCGUUCUCCAAGCUCUUUAAGGACCUGGGUCUCCACCCACGGGCCGUGAGCACGUCCUUCGGCUGCAGGGUGAACCUGGCGAUUUGCUUGCAGGGGACCUCGGGACCUGACCCAACCACCGUCUAUGUUGAUAUGAGAGCUCUGAGACAUGACAGGGUCCGCUUGGUGGAAAGAGGCUCUCCUCACAGCUUGCCCCUGAUGGAAUCGGGAAAAAUACUUCCAGGGGUUCGGAUCAUAAUUGCCAACCCAGAAACAAAAGGACCCCUGGGUGACUCCCACCUGGGAGAGAUCUGGGUCCACAGCGCCCACAACGCCAGCGGCUACUUCACCAUCUACGGAGACGAGUCCCUGCAGUCAGACCACUUCAGCUCCAGGUUGAGUUUCGGAGACACGCAGACCGUGUGGGCGCGGACGGGCUACCUGGGCUUCCUGCGGAGGACGGAGCUCACGGACGCCAACGGAGAGCGCCACGACGCCCUGUACGUGGUGGGCGCCCUAGACGAAGCGAUGGAGCUGCGCGGGAUGAGGUACCACCCAAUAGACAUUGAGACCUCGGUCAUCAGAGCCCACAAGAGCGUCACGGAAUGCGCCGUGUUCACUUGGACAAAUUUGUUGGUGGUGGUGGUCGAGCUGGACGGGUCAGAGCAGGAAGCCUUGGACCUCGUCCCCUUGGUGACCAACGUGGUCCUGGAGGAGCAUUACCUGGUGGUGGGGGUCGUGGUCGUGGUGGACAUAGGCGUCAUCCCCAUCAACUCCCGGGGGGAGAAGCAGCGCAUGCACCUGCGAGAUGGGUUUUUGGCAGACCAGCUGGACCCCAUCUAUGUGGCCUACAACAUGUAGUCUUGUCUCUGGCUCCCGUAGACUUUUCUAGGAAAGUAAACGUUUUUCUCAGUGUCACUAAAGUUUGCAGACACGAGGGCAACAUUCACCGGAACGGAGCCUCUGUUCUCGCGGCGGUGAGAGUUUCCACAGCGGUCCCGAUUGGCAUGGGGGUGAAAUGUGAAAUGUGAAUUUACCACUGAAGUUUGCUCAGAAGGACUUUGGAUUACUGCCUUCAGUUUGUUGGAAAAACCCAUUUCAAAAACUUUUUUUUUUAAUUAUUGGAUAAGAAGUGCUUUCUUCGUAAAUGUGGUAUUUUGUUAAAGCCAAAAUAGCAAUUAAAAAAAUAUUCUGCCCUCCA